AGUGGCUCAUCGAUAAUAAGGUGGCCAAAGAGGACGUGAUAGAGCCCGUGGAUAGACGGAUGCUGGAGGUGCUGAUGGGCGACGUCGAGCAUCUGGUCGUGUUUUUCUAUGAUGGAGACGACUGUCUCGAUUGCGACCAAAUACUACAGGAGCUCGAGAAUAUCGAUGACGAUACCGAUAAACACGGCAUUCAUUUCGUAAAAUGUGAAGACGACGAGUUUGCCCGUGAAAUGGGUAUCACAACAGUGCCGGCGCUGGUCUACUACGAGCAACGGCUGCCCUCCAUAUACGACGGCGACCUUCUGGACGAGGAGACGGUGUUGGAGUGGCUGAUCCGUCAGCGCCAGGAGGACACCAUCGAGAACAUCAACCGAGACAUACUGUUCCGAAUGGUGGCCGACAGGGAAUACCUGGCCGUCCUAUUCUAUAAGCCCGACGACGACGAGAGCGACGAAAUCAUUGAACACAUGGAGCGGAUAGACGACGACUGCGGCGAUUACGGCGUUCAGAUGGUACGGGUGGCCGACCCGCUCAUCGCCAAGAAGUAUGGGGUACGAGAGCCGCCGGGGCUCGUGUUUUUCCGUCGUGGUAGACCUAUAAAGUACGAAGGUGAUUUGUUUGACGAGGAGGAGGCCCUGGAGUGGCUGACCCGGCCCGAGAACAUGGAGCUGUCCGACGCCAUCGAAAAGGUCAAUCGCCGUAUGUUUGAGCGGUUGCUCUCCAGAAGUAUAUACCUGGCGGUACUGUUUUACACCAAACAGGACUGCAAACAGUGCGAUAAAGUGCUGGAAGAGUUGGAACGAAUCGACGACGAGGCGGACGGCGCGGGCAUUAAGUUUGUGAAGAUAGACGACACACAACUGGCCAAACAGUAUGGCGUGUAUGCGUUGCCGGCGCUCGUGUUUUUCAAACAGGGCGAUGAGGGCGAGCCCAUCAUCUAUGCCGGUGAUCUGAAAAAGUCGGAAAAAAUACUCGAUUGGCUGAUCAACCAAAAGGACCCGUCGCUGGACAAGAUCGAGGACGUGGACGCGCCGGCGCUCAGGAAACUCAUCGAGAACUCCGACCAUUUGGCCGUAUAUUUCUGUGAGUCAAAUGUUUUUAUAAGUUUUUUU